CCAUUUUCAUCGUCAUCGCCACAUCGCCAUCGCCAUCGCGCAAGCCUUAGCCCCGACCUCCCCCUCCCUUCCCCUCCCUUCCCCUCCCUUGCCUUCCUUGCCUCCCUCGCAAGUUGUCUUUCCUUUCCCUUUCCCUUCCCAAUCCUGGUCUACGGCCCGCUCCUCUCUCUCUCCCUUCCCUUCCCUUCCCUUAGGGUUGGUUCCUUGGCUUCGGAUUGCUUGCUGCCUUGCAUCAAUCACUCUUCUUUCGUGCUCGCCUUCUCUUCUUUCCUCUCUCCUGGCGUUGCUGCCUUCUUCCUAGUUUCUCAUCGUUCAAUUCGGUGGUUAUUGCAAGGGGACAAAGCAUUACCUGCCUGGACUAGUUGUUGUUUAGCACCAUUACUUACUUGCAGCCUGGACACACUCUUUCUGCUUGUUCAACCUCCUCCUCGUGUCCCUCUGCAUUUGCUUCUAAGCUCUCUCUCAACCACCUCAUCAUAUCCCCUCCCCCUCCCCCCUCCCCUCCCCUAACUUAGCAUUUCUUCUUUUGGCCCCUCUUCACUGUUCCUUUCUUCUUUUCCUACUUUACACUUCAUUAAUCGACAUUGUCACGGUCGCAGAUAUUGACUUGUUUGUCGCAGUUGAAUUGAACUCGGAGGAGAUUUUGUACAUGUGAAAGCGUCUGCUGCUGCUGCUGCUGCUGCUGCUGCUGCUAGGCUUUCGUGCUUGUUCUCUCAUCUUUCAAAGGGCUUCGUAAUCAAGUGUGGGUGUGGUGGGGAAACAGUGUGGGUUUAGUGGAUACUGGAAUCGUGAGCUAGAGGGACCUAGUUUUAAGCAAGAGCGCAUGCUUGCUUAUGAGAUUGCCUUGAUCUGGUUACCGCUGCGCAGAAGAGCUGUAGCAUUGUAGAGCCAGUAGUACAACUUGUGCUGGGAAGCUGUUUGAUGGUGAAGUUUGAAAAUAGAUUCCUUGAACAAUGAGAACGCCGUUGGCUGAUUCUCGGCAGCUGAAAAUAAUGUCCUAUCUUAGUUAGUUGCAAGACCACUUGUUGUAGCAAUCUCAAAAGGACGUGGAGAUACCUGCGGUCAGAAGACUGGCAGAGAAGGAACACACCUGACUGGGUCGAUCUAUCUUGAUGCAUUCGGAUCAGGUAGCCUCCCUCGUGUACCAAUGUACAGCUAGCUCAGUUCCAUCGGAGUGACGUUAUGUAUUUUACGUAUAGACUAUGUAUAUGAUACGUGCUUAAGGUAGUAUGCGAAUCUUGGUUCGGAGCUGAUACUGAAGAAUUAUCAAAGAUGGAGAAGCAUUCAUCUGAUUGUCCUUACCCGGGCUGCUUUUUCUGUGUGAUGAAAGAGACCAAUUUAUCUAAGCGACGAUCGAAUGUUGCCAAAUUUUUUAAGGAGUUGCCUUCACAGAAUGAAGAUGGUCAGGUUCUUGCUAUUAGUGGGCUUUGGAAUACUGCCAUGGCGCAUCCUAACGAUCCAGAGUUCAUUGAACUAGGAAUUUUUGAGUGUAUGGCUCGGCUCAUCUGGAAAGGAAUAGAAGAUCGAAAUUGGUUAGCCCAGGACCAGAACAUCUACAUUCCUUAUUAUGCUGCGCAUAUCAUAGGCUCUUACACCAUGAACGUUGAGGAAUUUGCAGAGCAAGCUGUUCGAGCAGGCGUGAUCCCUGCGCUGGUGGAGCUUCUGAGGGACCGGCUGACUUGGGUUGAGCAGCGAGUAGCGGUCCGGGCGCUUGGCCAUUUAGCUACCUACGAUAGCACUUUUCCUGCUGUCGCUGCGCAUACAGAUAUCUUGGAGCUCUCCAUUCAGCUGGCAAUUGAUGCUCUUGAGAUUGUCUACACGCAUUUUUUGCAGUUUGUGGACAAGCGCUUGAGCUACCAUUGUGACCUUCUUACACGAGGAAUGGGUGGAUUAGAAAUGGAGUCUCGGAAGGCAGAGGAAUGGGCUAGCCAGUUGCAGUGUUGGUCACUACAACUCAUAAACUGUUAUGCUUUCAAGGAAGAGUUUCUACCAACAAUUUGCCAGCCAGAUUUUCUGGGACAGUUACCAUCUAUGUGGGGAGGCCUUGUCAAUGAAAACUCGCCUGCAGGUGUUGGUGUGUUGCGCACUAUCUGUCAUCAGAGAUUCGGAAGGAUUCCUGUAGCUGAGAAUCCAGGCAUAAUUGAGGCCCUUUGUAACAUUGCAAGGUCAUCGGACGAUUGGCAGUACAUGGCAGUAGAUUGCUUAGUGUGGCUGCUCCAGGAUCCGAAUACCCGGCUUAAGGUGUUAGAUAAGGCCGCAGUUGCUCUGGUAGACCUAGCUGAGUUACCUAGUCUUGGAGAACACAAACGUUUGGGGGAGGUCUUAACCAAUGUACUAUUGGAAGACUACAUUCCCCAUCCCUCAUCGGCGGUAAUAGCACAUAUUUCCACCUCGACAAGGCAUUUGCUGGAUGACUUUGCAGCUCUAAGGAAAAAGACGAAGUGGGAAAGAACCGUUCCCAAGGAGGAUUUGCAAAUAAAACAAGCCGCAGCUCUUGUUGUUAAGUUAGAAGGUAAUUCUAGGUUUUCAGCUGGAGACAUUAGUGGUGCUGCUGCUAAGUACACCGAGGCGCUGUCACUGUGUCCCGUGAGAGCUAAGAAGGAAAGGGUUGUGUUGCAUAGUAAUCGUGCUCAAUGUCACUUACUACUUCACAACGCUGAAGGAGCUAUAAGUGACACCACUCGAGCUUUAUCUAUUCAUAAUCCAGUGAACCGUCACAGCAAGAGUUUAUGGAGAAGAGCGCAGGCUUACGAGCUCCUGUCACUUCACAAGGAAAGCCUUCUAGAUGCAAUUAUGUUCAUAAAUGAGUGCUCGCAGCAACCUGGAAGUGAAUCCGACUUUAAGUCAGGUAACAAAGUGCCUGAUUAUGUGGAGCGUCUUGUGAAGAAGCAAAUGCAAGCAUCGUGGCUAUUCAAAGAUGCUGCUCUGAAGCAUGGGGAAAUCCAAUAUGAUGAGAGUGGGAGUGUGGACACGGAGGAGUUAGAGACCGAAGAGGCGGACGAUGGAGAUGGAGAAUCUGAGUGGGAGACUGCAAGCGAGAGUGAAGAAGCUGCAGUUGAUGCCAAAGACAAUCCUGGCACGCAGGAGACGAUUCGGGAUGUGAAGAAUGGAGAAAAGCGGCCGAAUACACGGAAUCAUCCUGUGUUCAGGGGAAUCACUUUACGAGAUCUCCUUGGUCCUCAGUACGAAAAUGCAUCCUAUUAAUUCAUCCAUCGUGUAUCCUUAUUGAGAAGAAGAUACAUAUAGCUUUGUAUAAUCAACAUGGUGAUGGACAUCCUUGUAUUAUUCCGAGAAGGUGGACUACAAUAACGGGUAAAACCUCCGCGAGGGUCCGAUCAGUACUUAUCACAGAUAUCCCUGAGUAUCUGCCGUUGCGCAUCCCAUCACCACGGAAUGAGAACCUGAACCAGCAGAACAAAAGCGCCAGCGGAAGGCUUAAUCAUAUUUUGCUCACUUAUCCUGUGACAUCCGUCCUACAUCGAUACAAGUUUUGGAGCAGAUUGUUAGCCUUUGUAAGAGCCCAUGGGGCAGCGGCCAUGGUUACUCAAGGUGACAAGCAAUGUAUUUUAGAAUCUGAAAUGACCGAUAUUAUGACAUUUGAAUGAGAGUGUCCGGUGCAUGAUGUUGCACUUGUUAUGUUUA